GUCUAGAGGAGAGCUGCGCAGGAGGAUGGGCACUGGAGAUUAUGUGUGCGUAACGCUGCGCGGUGGCGCGCCAUGGGGCUUCAGACUGCGCCAGGGCGCACAAGAAAUGCAACAUCCUCUUCAGGUGUUCGAGAUAGAGGAGGACAGCCGUGCGGCUCUGGUGGGAUUGUGUGAGAAUGAUGAGUUGUUGUCAGUAAAUGGCAAGUCUUGCUCUAACCUCAGUCUGUCAGAGGCUAUUGAUCUCAUUGAGGCCUCAGCUGACUGUCUACAGCUGCUUGUCAAAAGAUGCUGUAGCCAACCUUCAAAGAGUCUUAAAUUAGUAAGUACCACCUUACGCAUCCCAUCCCCAUCCAGGCCUCAUGACCCACAGGAACUGUACAUCUUUGAAUCCCAGGACGAAGCAUAUUAUGGGGAAACAGACAGUGAUGCCGAGUGUCAGGGAGGGACUCGGCUGGUCCGGACUCAAGUUCAAAUACCUUCUUCUAGGAGUAAAGGUAGAAACAGCUAUGCCCAGAGAGGAGGAAACACCAGGAUAGAGGUGAACCCAGGAUCUGUGGUCGAAUUGCAACUAUCCCUCUCCAAGACCACCCUCGAACAACCACAGUGUACUUCGCUGGGCAGUGCUAGUGGAUUUGUGGGAGACGUAUAUCAUAAAAAGACAAAUGAGAACUUUACUACUUGUACUCCAGGAUUCCCUCUUUAUAUACCCCGACAAGACCGGCAGCCUCUCGGGCAACGGGGCAUGUUGGUUAGCAAAACCCCAGCAUUUCAGAAACAAUUGGAGGUGACAGUAAAACAGUUGUGUGGUUCUGAAAAGGAGGGGGCAAAUGCCAGUGACCGGUUGGAUUCUCCUGGAGAAGAAGGAGGGCACACUGAAGAAGUUCCCACCUCCUCCUCUGUGUCCUUUGGUCUUCCCUCAGAGGAUUGGGACUCCGAAUCGGAGAGGGAGGUCAACCAGCCCAACAAGCACCGGGCGAGGCACGCCAGGCUGCGGCGUAGCGAAAGUCUUUCAGAUAAGCAGGUGAAGGAGGCCAAGUCUAAAUGCAAACGUAUCGCUCUCCUGCUAACUGCUCCUGCCCCCAACCUCAACAAUAAGGGGGUGUUGAUGUUCAAGAAGCAUAGACAAAGGGCCAAGAAGUAUACACUUGUAAGCUACGGUACUGGUGAGGACGAACCACAUUUUGAGGACGACAGUGAAGACGACGACAACAAGGAGGCGCACGCGGUUGAAAUCACCAUUCUAGCCACUGGUGAAACUGAAGUUGAUGAGGAUUUCUUUACCAAUGCCUCGGGACGGAAAAGGAUUGUGAAUUUUGACUGGGACACGGGAUUACUUGAGAUAGAACGUCAACUUGACAGCCAGCAGGACAUGGAAGCGCUACCUGAGACAAAGGGUAAAGGAGCCCUCAUGUUUGCUCAGCGUAAACAACGUAUGGAUGAGAUAGUAGCUGAGCAUGAAGAAUUAAGACGUAAAGGUAUCCCCGUCGACGGGCUGCAGGAGUCAGACCCCCAUCAAAUGUAUCAACACACCGAUGAGCACACAUACAUGCAAGCACAAGAGACCCAGAAUUACAUGGAUGUAAAUCUGCAUCACAGCAUGUCAACUCAAAAGCAGCAGGAGCAGCAAUACCAACAAUAUCAAGAACCAUAUUAUCAACAGCAGCCACAACAGCAGCCGCAGCAGUAUCAAGACUAUCAACAGCAGCUGCAGUACCAGCAACAGUAUCAACAACAGCAAGAUUACCAGCAACAAAAAAUGAUUCAGCAGUUGCAAUCAUAUAAUCAACAACAACACUUCCAGCAACAGCAAGUGCAACAGUAUUCCCAUCAUAUGAACGGCAUGUUUGAUCAGCAAAUGAACGAAAUGCAGGUAUCUGUGGAAAACAGGAGUGCCAAGCCAUUUUCGGUUCAAAAUAGAGUGGCGGCUCCGUUUUCCCCCUCCACAAGUGCAGAUAAUCAAGAACAAACUGGGUAUACAUUGGGACAAGGGGAACAGAUUGCAUCCCGUGAUGAGCGUAUAUCUGUGCCUGCAAUCAAGACUGGUAUCUUGCAAGAUACAAGGAGGAGAACUGCCAAUAAGCCUAUGUUCACUUUUAAAGAGUCUCCCAAGGUUUCACCCAAUCCCGAGCUGUUGCAUCUCCUUAACAAGGGUAACCGAAAAGCAGGUUUUGAAGAAGAAGAUUAUUUAAGUUUAGGAGCGGAAGCUUGCAACUUUCUUCAGUCUCCAAAGGUAAAACAAAAAACUCCACCAGCAGUUGCACCUAAACCUCACAUAAACCCAUCGUGUCCUCCAUGGUCUCCUCAGCCAGAAAGUACUGAUCAGCAUACUGAAAAUAUUGUCUCUGCACCUGCCAAAGCUCCAGCGACUGAUGCUACUCCUGCCCCUGUCCCUGAAAUGGCUGCCCCGACAAUGUCAGAGGAUUCUAAAUUGGCUCCUGAGUCCCAGGAGGAUUCACAUGUCAUGAAACAACAUGCUUCAGGUAAUGCAUGGAAGCAACCCGAAUCUCCUAUGGAACCAUCCCAGCAAACAGAGACUUGGAGUGAGAAGCAACGCCACCAGCAAGAUAGUUCUUCUCAUCAUGUCCCACCACCCCCUGUGCAGUCAGAUAUGUCUGUGAGAUCAUGGGAUCCAGCUCUCACCCAAGCUCAUCAACAACCUCCUGCGAGUGCCUGGGGUACAAAUGAGGUCCAACUGCAAGUCCAAUCUCAAAAGCAGUCUCAUGCACACUCACAAUGGAUGGUACAGUCUCAACGCUCUGCAGAUGUUCAAUUGCAAGCACCUGCUGCACCACAAUCUCAGCCCUCUUGGGUAACACAGACUCAAACUCCACCCCAAACCAAACAUCAGCCACCACCGCAAACACAGCCACAGUCUCAAAUUAAUUCUUGGGCUCCAGGUCCAAAUCAGUCAACACCACAACCCCCAUGGUCCCAGGCACAUGAGUCAGCACAUCCUUCUCUCAGUGUCUGGCAACAAAAUCAAGGUCAUGUACAGCCAUCUUGGGCACAACAACAGCAAAUCCAAGAGUCUCAGCCAUCUUGGGCGUCAGCCCCUCAGCAACAACAACAACAUUCUUGGGUCUCUCAAGCCAAACCGCAAUUGCCAACACAACCACCUGCAAACGCAUGGACCCAACCACAAAGUCCAGUUCAACCACCAUGGUCUCAACAGAAUCAAGCACCAACCCAGCCCGCAGCACUAAUGCAGCAUGCCACAAAUCACUGGGAUCCAACGGCAUCCCAGUCCCAGCCACAGCCACAGUGGACACAAGAACCAGCUUCUCAACAGCAUCCGCAACAGAUAAUGAGCACUUGGACACCGGGGCAGAGUCAAAUUCAGCCACCCUGGGGUCAGACACAGCCAUCACCUCAGCCUCAGGGGCAACAUCCAUGGGGACAGAAACCUCAGCAGCAGGCAUCACAGCCACCUGUGAGCCAGUGGACCCCACCCCAAUCUCAAUCUCAACCUGCUGUUAAUGCUUGGGCAUCACAACAGCAGCAAAGUUCAAUAAAUAUGGCCCAAACUGAAACCCAGAAGUUGCCUUCCCAACCAAUCAAGCCAUGGAUUUCACCUCAGAACACCCAGCCCACUCCUCCACGCCGAAUGAACUCAUACACAAGUGGGGCGAAAGUAUCAUCUCCUACUCCACCAAGUAGUAUCAUGUCACUCUCUGGUUUUGGUUCGGCUUUCGAGAUGCCAGCCUUGCGGGGGAAAGGAGCUGAACUUUUCGCCAAGAGGCAAUCUAGAAUGGAGAAGUACAUUGUGGAUUCCACCACCGUACAGUCAAAUAAGGCAAGACCACCUUCACCAUCCGCUUCUUUGUCAAACUCGUGGAAAUAUUCACCCAAUUGCCGAGCUCCCCCUCCGUUGGCGUACAAUCCGAUUCAUUCACCAUCAUAUCCUCCCGGCGCUAUCAAGCAGCCUCCUUCCUCCAGCCCUUCGAUAAAAAACAAGAACAAAAGCAAAGAGAAAGAUAAACCUGCCCCAAAACCUCUUCAUGCCAUUGAUGUCAUGAAGCAUCAACCCUAUCAGCUGAUUUCCUCUCUUUUUACUUACGGUCCAGCAGCAGAGAAGCUUGCUGCAGAAAAGGAGGCAGCUGAAAAGCUUGCUGCUCAAAAUGCAGCUGAGUCUCAGGCCCAAGCAUUAGGUCCUCCUAAUCAGAACCAGCAAAUUACAUAUAAUCAAGGUCCUCCCCCUUAUGGGUUCAUGCCACAACAUGCCCAGCAACCUUAUGGGACGGCUGAUCAGUCACCUCCUAUGCAUGAUGGCCAUUACCACCAAGUGCCUCCUAGUACAUAUCAGCCUGUCCUUAAUAAUUAUCAACAACAACAGCAUCAAGUUCCAUAUCAACAAGAAUACAACCCCCAACAAGUAUACCAACAGCCUCACUUAAGUCCUUACCAGCAAGCUCCAAGGUCUCCCUACCAACAGCCUUCCCCACCUUCCUAUCAGACAGGCCCUAAUCCAGUAUAUCCAGCUGGUCCUGCAUUGUCUUGCCAACCAGCCCUCAGUUCCUAUACUGUACCAUCUACUGUACCAACCUUCCCAGUAGCAGCAAGGGCUGAUUCUGUCACAGGGGGCAGUAUUGCGGUUGCUCCGAAGCCCAAAUUUUCAGCCAAAAAGAGUGCUGCCCAGGUGUGGAAGCCAGGCACUGCUGAAAAUGCUGAAAAAUAGUCAUGAUUUUGUUUUUCAAGUGUUGUUACCUUAAACUAACGAAGCAAGGAUAAGGUAUGGUACAGUAUGUAGAUACAUAAAGCUUCAAAACAGUACCACAAGAUCUGUUUGAUAAGUAGUACCAAAGAAGGCAGAGACCUUGACCUGAUAUGUGUUUAUAGCAGAAUGCUCUACUGAAUGUAUUUAUUUCCUUAGACCUGUGAUACUACAGGUAAGAUGCCCUUGUUCUAAUUCAGCUAAAAAGAACUACGGCGUUAUAUGUAGUUAUGUGUUUUAGACACGGUCAAAUGGAAUCAGUGUUGAUUGAGAUGGAGAUUGAAGAAAACAUGAAUGAAAGAAAUAGGAUUAAUGGUCAGUUAUAAGGGCCACUGAGUAAAUAUAUAAUAUUAUAUAAUCAAAAUGACUUGUAAAAGAAUUAACAGUUUCUGUUAUAUUGACUAAAUCAUUUUUUACGAAAGUAUAAGAUGAUAUUAUGUACUACCUCAGUGGAGAGACAGAAAUUAAUAUUGAUGGUUAUGAAUCGUUAAAAUGUGCAGGUAACUAAUGGAUAACAGCGUUUGACUGUGCCAAGGAGAGCAAGUGGAUAUAAAAUAGAUUUAGCUGAACAUGAAGUGAAGUUCAAAUCAACAUUUGGUAAUGUUUUAGACUUUCUUCCAAAAAGAAGAAAUUAAUGAACUCCGUUUGAGAGUUGUUCAGUUACUAGAUUUAAUAUAGAUGCAAAAGCAGGUACAGAGAUGUUAAUUUGUAUUUUAUGAAGUUAAAUAGACUGUUGAUAAAAAAAUUUUUGUUUGCCUUAUUUACCUUUAGCUUUUUUCUGUUUGUUUUACAUUUGUUUGUUUCGCAGAAUAUAAAGAACAUCAACGAAAACUGAUAUAAAGUCAAAAAAAUUUUUUUUAAAACAAAUACAAAUAUUCAACAAAUUGUUAAGUUUGAUUUUAACUGCUGUCUCCUGGUUAUUUUUUAUUUCUUUUUAUUUUUUGUGUGAUUUUAUUCUCCAAAGUGCACUAUUUGUAAGAUAUACCACAGUGCCAUUAAAAUGUCUGUCCUUCAAGUUUUGUUUGCUUUUCUUUACUUUUGCAUGUUCCUCUGUCACUUCCAUCUUUCCUUGCAUUACUUUUGCACCUUCACCAUUCUAUGCUUCCACACUUCAUGUCAGUUUAUAAACAGUACUUAAAUAAAUUAGCAGUUUUGCCAUCUAAGAGCAGAUACAACAGUCUUUUGUUCCAAAGGUUAGAUUCCUAAGUUUAGCAUAUACAUAUUUGAACAUGAUUAUGUUCUAUUACGAUAAUGAAAUGAAAUCCUGUCCUCUUCUAUUUCUUGACAUAAGACUUGAUGUCUGAAACAAAUAAACCCACAGACAUGCCAGCAGGAUGAGUAUCGAUCUAAAUAUGGGCCUGUGUUGCAUCAUACUUUUGAGGAGCUAAGUAAUACACGUUUAUAACAGGAGAAAAAUGGCAAUGAUUUAAAUGAAUGCCCUGCAAGGCCUGGUCCAGCAACUAUAUUUAGAGAAAUGUGAUCUCCGGUCCCAUGAUCCGUAAGUGACGAGAGGUUUGUGGCACCUGUCCCUUGAUAUCAGUUUAGACUUGUUCGUUUAUGUUUUAAUAAAACGUGUAUGCUAUUGAAACAAUUAAAAUUAUAAAAGCUUUAUGUACAACUUUUUUUCUUUUGAAUAUCUUUUACCUUUUGUCCAAAUACAUUUUUUGUAGAAUUUUAGUUUUAGCCGCAUAAAAACGCAUCAAUUGUUCUAUAUUAUCAUUACAUUUGUUUUUCUAAAACGUAAAUUUGACUGAAAUUGCUGUUAAAAUCUAACUUAUCAAAUCAAAUGUAGUAAUUGAAGAGCACUGCAAUGUCACAUCUCAACCAGUUGGUGGCAGCGCAGUCUCUUGUUCAGCUUUGUUCGGUGCCAUCCUGAUCUGGCAGAACCACAGUACUACGAAAAUCUUGAAGGGUCUCUUUUAUCAAAUUAUGAGCUGCUAAUAAAAGGUAAAGAUGGAAUUUUGAUUAAGAUAUUCCGCCAUCAAGAAGAUGCAAGUUCAUUAAGGAAAUGUGCCAAUUCCCAACCGAUUUAGGCUUAGACACACAUUUACAUAUGUGGUCAACUUUCUGUCUCAUCUUUUUGAACUAAUUAGAAUGAAUCUCACUAAA